AUAUUUUGGUGUUUAUUUCAUUCAUGCAGUUUAUGUUCACAGUUCACAGAAUAAAAAAUAUUUUCUUCUGUCGAAAAUGCCCGUGGUGAUUGUUUGUUGAGAUAAUAAUACACGUGAAAAAUUGCUUCAAAGUGUGUUAUUGUGUUGGUGCAACUUAUUUUUAGCAGGUGUUGAAGGUUGUGGAAAAUGCACAACAAACUUAUUGUGCCUGUGGCCUUGGGCCUGUCUCUGGUGACAGUGAGUGCGUUUGUAGUGUAUUAUGUAUUUAAAAAAGACGAGGAAGAGGAAGAAGUAAAGAAAGUAAAAACUGCAAGAAUAAAUAUGAUUGAAGUAGCUGUGCCUAAAGCUAUUGUCGCUGGCUUGAUAGGUCGCGGCGGCAGCAACAUAAAGGAUAUAGAGAAGAUUUCAGGCGCUAAAGUGAACGUCAAGGAGUUUAGCGAUAAGGACCAUGAUAUCUGUGUGAUUAGAGGCCGGACUGACGCCACGCAGAUUGCUGAAACUCUCAUCCAUGAAUUCAUAAACCAACAGCCUUUGAAUAUCGAAGAUACGAUGGAAGUACCAUCGUGGGCUUGUGGCAGGAUCAUCGGAUCUCAGGGCGAGAAUAUAAACAGCAUAAGCCACCGCAGCGGUGCCCGCAUUAAGAUCUCCUCGAACGGUGACAAGACAACUAUACGGAAAGUUACGUUCUUGGGCACAGAGGAGCAGAUCAAAGUUGCUAAAGACCUCAUUGAGAACUGCGUCGCCCAAGAGAAAUGUCGCCGGGAAAUCGAGCAAUCGAAACGUAGUCCGCGCCACGUACAGUCGUCAUCCAAAUCACCAUCACCAACGCCCUCUGCGAACGCGAACGAAAACAACGAUGAUGCGUCAGGUGACUCUCAAGUGCAAAGGCAUGUCAAAUAUAAGCGGCCUGAGAACAGGGGUGCUCCGAUAGAGGUCUAUGUGUCAGCCGUGUCGUCUCCGUCUCGUUUCUGGGUGCAAUUUGUCGGACCUCAGGUGACGCAACUAGACUUGCUCGUCGAGGAAAUGACGGAGUAUUACGGCAAAAAGGAGAAUCGCGAGAAUCAUGCUUUGUCGCACGUGUCGGUGGGGCAGGUGGUGGCGGCCGUGUUCCGCCACGACGGGCGCUGGUACCGCGCGCGCGUGCACGACGUACGCCCCAACGAGUACGACGCCACGCAACAGGUCGCUGACGUAUUCUUCUUGGACUACGGAGACAGCGAGUACGUGUCAAUAUACGAGCUCUGUGAACUGCGCGCCGAUCUGUUGCGGCUUCGGUUCCAGGCAAUGGAGUGUUUCCUAGCGGGCGUGCGUCCAAGGUCUGACGAUGACAUUUGGUCGCCGGAGGCCAUCGAGCGGUUUGAAAACCUUGUCCAUGUUAGUAUACCUCUA